AUAUUAUCUUAAUAUUCAGCUGAAUCAGCUUUGAAAGCAUAUUUAGUAGAGAACAGUAAUAAUUGGUUAUUAUUGUGCAAUACUAUAAUACUACUAAAUACUCAUCAUAUGGGAGGCACCAAAUUACUAGUGUGUGAAAACUCACCUGUGUGUCUUUCUUUUAGUUUUGUUUUUACUGAACUGUCACUGAACAUGCUGUGGUUCGGAUGCCCAGAACACUCCUGCAGAAUUUUUACCAUGUUCACACACUUGAAUCUGCUGCUGUUGUGCCUUUUCACUUUCAGCGAAACCAGCACUAUACCUGUGACAGGAAAAAAGGGAAGCAACGUCACACUGCCAUGUCAAUAUGAGGCCAGUAAGAUUUCUCAUAUUAAUUUAAGCAGAUUUUCAAAAAUCAUCCCUGUCUGUGAGAAUGAAGAAUGUGAGAGUGGAAAUGGCAGAGUAUUUAAAGAAGGAUCAUGUGACAUCAUCAUCAAGGAUCUGAUCUUCAGUGAUGCUGGGAAAUACAUUCUGAGAGUCUAUAAUGAUGAUGGUCAGAAAGUGCUGAAAAGGAUCUAUCAACUUUGUAUUCAUGAUGAGAUUUCUGUGAAGAAAGGAGAGCAGCUGAAGAUGGAUGUUCUGUUGGUCAAUGCUGAUAAAGUGCAGCAUCAGGGCAGAAGAAGCACAGGGUGGAAGGAGGAUUGGAAGAGCAGUGAAGGGGUUCAGAAUGAUCGAAUGACCUUCAGAGAUGGAAAACUGAUCAUUAGUAAUUUUACAUCCACUGACGCUGGAACAUAUGAGGUUCUGGACUCUGAAGGAGAAAUCUUGAUCAUGUUCACAGUCAAAGGUGAGAGAAGAUCAGUGGAUGUUCAGAAAUAUUAUUUUAAAGCUUUUAAACAUGUGCAAGCUGAAUCGCUAACUAUUCAAUAUCAUCCGCAGAAUCUAGUGCAGGAUCAGUGGAUAAAUUGAGCUACAUAAAUGACAAAACAUAUAAAGCACAA